AUGGAGGCAGCCAGGGGUGUAACGGCCACAGAGGCGGGUCAGAGCACGGGAGAAGCGCGGGCCGGCCCCUGUAGAGAGCCGGUGGCGCCGGGGUUGACGGGAGCGGCACACGUAAUUCAUGGACGUAAGGCUAGCACAUACUUGGGGAUCUUCGAUAGUCCACCGCCUCCAGAUGGCAGCGGCAAGUCCGGUAAGGCAGGUAAAACAGGCAAGAAGGUGCUGACGGGCGCGAGCGGGGACGAGGGUGUGACCGCUGCGGAGGACCCAUGGAAGAAGAAGAAGAAGAAGAAGCGCGAGGAGCGCGAGAGCGAGUGGGGCGGUGCCAAGCUUGCAGCGCUGGCCUCCGAGGCGCAGCAUGAUCUCGAGCUGUACACACAACGGUCGUCAGCGAUCGUUUCCUCGCACGAGUCAUUGGGCAAGCCGAUUUCGUCUGCAACAUACUUCCCGCACAAAUAUAAGGAAGAUGCGAGCGGAGGUGUUGCCGGGCAGGGCCGGAAGGUGCUAUCAGUCGAGUUGGAUAGUGAGGUGUCUUCCCUCUCUGCGUCAGACGAAGAAGCUAUCGAAGACUCCGAGGAAGACGAAGAAGACGAGAAAAGCGAUGGAAACCGUACCCAAGAGGACGAGUUUGAGGAUGACGACGAACGUGAUGUUAUUUCAUCUUCUGAAACGCGGGAAUUUCCGCUCAAGGUGGAGCUACAACCAUUCACAGAUAACGUGGGUGGACAUACAGCCAUUUUCAGAUUCAGUGAGCGUGCUGUAUGCAAAGCACUAGUCAAUCAGGAAAACAGCUGGUACGAAACAAUCGAGCUCAAACAUCCUGACUUGUUGCAGUUUAUGCCACGCUAUUUCGGCGUACUCAAUGUUCGGCAGCACUUUACAUCAAAGGGCGAAUUUCUGAACAGUAUCCAAGCGAAAGACCGCAAAGUAGCAGAUAUUGGUAAUCCUCCACCGUCUCCAGAUAACGUGGAAGCACCCGCGACUCCCAGGUUGGAGCCUUUGCAUCAUACUACAUCACUGCCUCUCGUAGAGGAAAACCCCCUGCCCGAGGUAUGCCUAAAUGACAAUAAACAUAUAAUCCCAGAUUCCCUAUGGAGCAAAUAUUCGCAUUCGCCAUCAUCCUUGCCAAGCCAGGAAUCCUGGGCAGCUAAGAGCGAGUGUCUUGUCAAUUCAAACACUCAAGGGCGUACCGGCAAUGACACGGCAGGUCAUUCAUCAUACCCCACAGGAUCGACAUUAAUCAAUACCCGCUUGAAGGAAUUAAUCAUAGAAGAGGUAUUCGGGCAGUCAUCUAACCGGACCCAACAGCCUAUUUUUCAUGACAACCAUGCCCAUCAGCAUCGCAACUUCCGUAAUAGUAGCAUUCCUAUAGAUAAAAACUCAGGUGAUACCAUGCGGAUACAAUCUAGCGAUUGUUUGACUAACUUCCCCAAGAGUAAACAGUCGCGCUCGUCUUCCACCUCGUCUUCGACUGCAAACAAAUUCAUUUCUAAGAAGAAAAGACACGAUUCCCAUAAUUCCUUAGUAGAUCUAAGAGAAAUGCACCGUGGCCUGUAUUGUGGUCCAGAAAAUGAACUAUUUAAAUUGGAGGACGAUUUAUCCCUAACUGCAUCUGUUCCUAACUCACCACAGUCCAAAUCCCAGCAUGAGUCAGUUUCUUACGAAGAGCAUUCCCACACUGUUGUCUCUAAAUUUAUACUGUUGGAGGAUUUAACACGCAAGUUGAACAAACCUUGCGUCUUGGACUUGAAAAUGGGCACAAGACAGUACGGUGUGGAUGCCAAGCGGUCUAAACAGUUGUCGCAGCGCGAAAAAUGUAGAAACACCACUUCUCGUAAGCUUGGAGUUCGUAUCUGCGGCCUCAAAAUAUGGAACAAGGACUACUACAUUACCAGGGAUAAGUACUUUGGUCGCCGCGUAAGAAUCGGCUGGCAAUUUGUUCGUGUGUUAGCCAGGUUCUUAUACGAUGGCGUUUCUAGGAGGAGUAUUCUGAAGCAGCUACCUUGCUUAGUCAGGCAGUUGGAAACCUUGUACAGCGAAGCUAUUAAGUUGAAGUCGUACCGUAUGUACGGCUCAUCAUUGUUAUUGAUGUAUGAUGGUAAUAAUCCCUCUAGCAAGCGCUGUAAGGUGAAGUUAAAUCUCAUAGACUUUGCCCGGUGCGUGACUAAGAAGGAUAUUGACACAAGCAUUGGGACCUUCCGAAUCCCGCCCAAGAACCCCGAACUUGAGGACAGAGGGUUCUUGCGCGGCCUUCGGUCCCUCAAGUUCUACCUACUAGUCAUUUGGAACCAUUUAACCGGGGACCAUCCGUUGGUUUACGACGAAGAAAGCUUGCAAGAGUUCUUGGAUUCUGACGAUUCAUUCCAAAAGCCAUGGGACUGGAUCGAGGAAUUCGACAAGGAAGACGAGGCCAGGGUACACGACCCAAACGAUGAAUUGAGAAAGAAAUGGCGCAAGUAUGAAUUGAUUUUUGACGUCGAACCCCGCUGCGCAGACGACGAUGUUAGCGAGUGA